UGUAGUCCCAAGGAGCAGCAACAGUCAGCAACACCCACCGCGCGCCCACUCCGCCUCUCCUCCAGGCAUUCUGCACAGACAGGCGGGCUGGGCACAGCCGCGUGGAGAACAACACCGUCGCGAAAAGAGCAACCUCUCCAAGCCUCUUUACGCAGAAAACGUGAGGAGAGAGAGGGGGGAACAAGCGGGUGAGGCUGGACUAUCAGUCGGACAUCAACCCAGCGGAAACAACAUUUCAAAAGUUGACAAAGAGCAGAGGACCAUCUCCUACAGCUGCAGCAGCCUGGUGUCUCUCUGUAGACCCCUGUCCGGACGUGGAGAACAAUCCCAUCCGUCUCUCACCGCGCCGAGGAGACGGGGACAGGAGCUGUGAAAGGGGAAACCAACGUGGAGAGGACGAGGGGAGGCACAGCUGCGGAGGACACGAGCAAGCACCCAGAGGCAGAGGGGUGGACGAGGAGAGGAUGGAGGCCCUGCUUCCUGUGUUGAAGAGUCACCCAGGUCUGUCGGUGCUGGUGAGCUCUCUGUUUUUCAGGGUGGCCCACCGACUUCUGCAGAAGCUUCCUGUGCCCAAGGUGGUCAGGCAGGAUGAACUCCACUCCUGGAAGUGGAGGAACCUCUCAGUCUCUCUGGUGCACUCCCUGCUGACUGGGGCAUGGGCCCUGACAUGUGUGGUCGUUUGGCCAGAGACGCUGAGCAACCUCCACUCGUACCACACCCCUCUGUCCUACCUGCUCGUCUGCGUCUCAACAGGAUACUUUGUGCAAGACGCAGGUGACAUUAUCUUGACGGGACAUGCAAGAGGAUCAUGGGAAUUCUUAGUCCAUCAUGCACUGGUGAUCUCGUGUUUCCUGUACGCCCUCUACACUCAGCUCUAUGUAGCCGGCGCUGUCAUCGCUCUCUUUGUGGAGGUCAACAGUGUCACUCUGCACCUCAGGCUGAUGCUGAAGCUGGCCGGCGCUCAGUCCUCCACCAUGUACUACGUCAACAAACUCGCCAACCUCCUCACCUACGUCGCGUUUCGCCUGAGCACCCAGGCCUACCUCACCUGGUACAUCGUCAACAAUUACUCCUGGAUGGACCGCGGUGGAUACUUUCUCUUCAGCAUGAUGCUGAUGAACAUCAUGAUCCUGGUUUAUUUCUACCGCCUGCUCCGUGCUGACUUCUUCCCCAGGAGUAAGAGCAGUGCGCGGCAGAACGGGACCCAUAACAACAACUCCAGAAAGUUUCUCAGUGAUUGACUGGGGAAGGUCUGCGGGACUAUAGAUUAUGUUUUUAUUGAGGGUGGCAGUUCACAAAUUUUUGUCUCUUUCAAACCGUCACUGACAACAUUCCUCUGGACAACAGGUUCCCCCUAUUGUGUCUCACUGCCAAAUAACCUCUUCCUCAGAAUUAGCAGAACAAGGCGCAGCCUUAAAAAACCUGCUUUUUUACAAAUGUCGGAAAAUCUGAAAACUGGCUUUUCAUAGGAAAAACUCAAGCAACCUUUCCUUAGGAUGUUGCCACUUAUAGCAUAUUUAACAUUGAUUUUCAGCGUCACAUAACUUUAAAGGAAUAAGUUUAUAUUUUUCAGUCAUAGUGACACCACUCUCCUAGUUAUAUGCUAAAUACGAAGCCAUAGCCAGCAGCUGCCUACAGUAGUUUAGCGUUCCUACCUUAGCAUAAAGACUGUUAACAAUGGCAACAGAAAUCCUACAUGAUAUAAUGCAUUAAGUAGUGAACUUCAGAUAUUGUGCUGUGUUAAUAGAUAAACACAAAAAAAGUAGAAAGACACAAACGUUAAAGAACAUCACACGAGGCGCUGAGCAAACUGUUUGCUAAACAACACUUGUAGUUGGACGUGUAAGGGUUAAAGAAACACAUUUCAGCUUUUAGUGAUUCAUUAUUAAGAAGCUUUUUUUGUGCCAAGUCAGAUACAACCAAAAAAUGGACUUUACCAGUCAUAAUUAUUGCAUUUUUGAUUAUUCAUUUUAUUUAACCUUUAUUCCACCAGGAAGAAUGUGAGGUUAUAAUGUCUGAACUGAAGGCAGCGUUACCACUUUCAACCUGAAUGUUGACAAUAUGACAUAAAUGCAGCAUUUGAAUGCAGAUGUUAAUUUAUCGUAUUAAUCUUAUUUGAAUUUCAGCCAGAAAGAAAUGUUAAAAUAUUCUCAAAUUAUUAUUUAACCCAUCAUGAAAAAGAACAACAACUGUGUGAUAAGUUGUUCAACAGGUGCGUCAGGAAUGUGACAUUGCAUUUUAAGAUUUGCUAACAGACUAAGCUCAGUGUUGCCAUACCUCGUUAACAUUUGCUUGGGUAACAGUGUUUUAAUGUGGAGAAAAUUUAGAUAAAGACCAAUUUUCUCUCCCGGGUGUUCGAACGAUUCGCCAUUUGGGGAUUUUCUGACAGUGGACUGAAUCUAAGCACUCGCAUUUUAAUACUAAGAAUGUGUAAAUACAGUACAUCCUCUCCCUUAGUCUCAGUGAAACCAUUUGUGGCUGAGAGAUGCUUUGACUGAACUGGUACAUACUGUUGUAAAGGACCAAUAGAACUGUUCUUGUGAAACCUGUUGGCGUGGAGCUGUAUUCGGAAUCUUCCAGCCAAUUAACAGUUUGUCAGCUUUGCUCUUUGGGAAGUGGGCACCAUGAGAAGCCCUUCAUAAUGAGCGGGCGGCACCACAGUCAAUUAUGAUAGUGCGUCCAGAGUACUUAGGCCUGAUGUGGGGUGACGGGAGAAUAUCCUCACCGUGAGUAUUGUUUUUGUUCGUUUUGCGAAGCAAUCAUACUUUUACAGAGUGCAUGCCUUUUCAAGAUAUGGAAAGACAAAAUUCUGGUGAAGAUGGAACUCUUCUCCCUUCUGGCAUUUUGUAUAUAUAUUUACUCUAGUGUGUAUUCCCUUUUUGAUAUAAUCCAUCAGAUAAUACAAGUACCCACCAUCAACCAUUAGUGGACUUUAAAUGAUGAUUUUCUAAUCAUGCCACAAAUCACACAUGCUGACAAAGUCGUUUAAACAAAAACCUAAUGAUCAGCUCAUUUUAUUUUCUAUUUCAGGCACCACCAUGUGUCUGACCUGUGCCCCAGUGCCUUUACCAUGGUGCCUUUUCGAACAGAGCAGAGAUAAAGACGAUAACAAAGAAUAGAUAGGCUAUUGAAUAAUAUCUGUGUGGGCUUUUAUAAAGUCAAACUAACACUAUAAAAUUGACAAUGACAAAACUAAUGUAUCUUGUAUUAAAGUGACAAUUGUUUUUUUUAUUUUUUUGGAGUGCUGUAUUUUUGGAUUGUUAAGUGGUAUCAUGAAAUAAAAAGAUAUAAAGUCA